AUGACCUGGCCCACGACCUGCCAGACGGGCAAGUUUCAAUCCCCCAUCGAUCUGACGGACCCGGCAUCUUUGCUCAAGGAAGCAGGAUCAAACAUCGUCAAGCCGACCUACACCACCACCAACUUUGACGCCACCUUCAAGAACAUCGGAACGACCAUUCAAGUCGACAUCCCCGCCGCCCCCGCCGCCUUAACCGAAGGCGCCGCCGCCGCCGCACCCGCAGCCGGAGAAAAAGGCGCCGCACCCGCACCCGCAGCCGGAGCAGAAGGCGCCGCAUCCGCCGGCAAACAAGGCUACAGCACCCCCAACGGCACCUUCUUCGAGCUCAAACAAUUCCACUUCCACACCCCCUCGGAACACCGCAAAUUCGGCCAAAUGCUGCCCAUGGAAAUGCACAUGGUCCACACCUCUGCCGCGGGGGAGAUCGCCGUCGUCGCCGUCAUGUUCGAGUUCGCCGAUGCCGCUACCGUCGCCGCCGACACGUCCCGCGCUUUCCUCACCCCCAUCCUCGCCGGCCUCUCGGCCAUCAAGACCACGGGAACCACGACCCAGCUCAAGAACUUCAACUUCGCGGCACUGGCGCCCAUGAUCGCAAAGUCGAAGGAGUGGGUGUACAGCGGAUCCCUGACGACGCCGCCGUGCUCGGAGGGCGUCAUCUUCAACAUCUUGGACGACACGAUGAAGAUCACCUCGGAUGAGUUUUUGGCGUUCAACAGUAUCAUCAAGUUCAACUCGAGGUUGAUU